CUUGGGUGAAACCGCAGGCGCGGCCCCUUUAAAAACAAAAUGGCCGCCCCCUCUCUCCGGCGGCUCCCCCCCGAGAGCAGCCACACCCGGGUUGGCGCCACUUCCGGGGCGGGGCUAAGAGGAAGCCGGAAGUGUGUCGCGCUCGCAAGAUGGCGACUCCCUAUGUGACUGACGAGACCGGGAAGUACAUCGCCUCCACGCAGCGCCCCGACGGCACCUGGCGGAAGCAGCGGCGGGUGAAGGAGGGCUACGUCCCGCAGGAGGAGGUGCCCGUGUACGAGAACAAAUACGUCAAGUUUUUCAAAAGCAAACCCGAGCUGCCCCCGGGGCUGAGCCUGGAGGCGGCGGCGGCGGCACAACCCGGCAAACACCACCAACACCAACAGCACCAGCACCACCAGCCCGGCCGGGCCGAGGGCGGCGAGAGCGGACUGUCCAAAACGGCCAAAAGGAACUUGAAACGGAAGGAGAAGAGGAAGCAGCAGCAGGAAAAAGGGGAGAGGGAGACGGACGGACUGAUCCAGGCGCUGGAAAAAGCUUCCCUGGAAGGGGGUGACGACGGAGGGGACAAAGGGCCACCCAAAAGGGACAGCGGUUGCGGUAAUAACGGGGCCCCCGCCGAAGGGGAAGCCCCCGUCGCCGAAAAGAGCAGGAAAGUGAAGAAUCUGAAGAAGAAGCUGCGGCAGGUGGAGGAGCUGCAGCAACGGCUCGACUCCGGGGAGAUCAAGCAGCCGACGAAAGAGCAGCUGGAGAAGCUGGGCCGGAGGAAAGCCUUGGAGGAGGAACUGCGGGACCUGGAGCUGGACUUGUAAGGGGGCAAG